GGAAGGGAUGAUGGCCUCCUCUCUUUUCGAGUGCAGCUCGCGCCACAUGUCAUUAGCACUGCGCAAGAGCUCGGCAGCAAGAGCCCGGUACAAGAGCCAGGCACGCGCUUACACCGCUUCCGAAGAACGCGGUGAAUUUGCAGCCGCAUUGGUGUCACGACCUGGAGUGUCAGCCCGUGUCUCACCUUGCGGCCGUCCUAGAUACACGUCUGCGGAGUGCGCACAUGUGUACGUAACGUGCACGCCAAUCAUUAUCCCAGAGGCUGAAUGAUGCCUCUCGUGAAAGACCGCAUCGUUCACUCUCCCUUCCCGGACGUCGACAUUCCGGAGUGCACGUUGUACAACUUCAUCGCAACAUUCCUAAAGCGAUAUGCGGACAAGAUUGCCUUUGUGGAAGGGGAUGAGAGCAUGAGCUACGCGUUCCUGCAGACGCGCCUGCGCCAAUACGCCAUGGGCUUCCACAAGCACGGCGUGAGGCGGGGUGACCGUUUCAUCGUAGCCGUGGACAACACGACCGACGCGCUGAUCUCCAUCCUGGCACUCAUGUUCUCGGGAUGCGUAGCCUGCUUCGCCAGCGGGCCCAGAACGUCACAUGAGUUGGUUUAUCAAGUCAAAGACGCCGAGGCCUCAUUCUGCCUCACGGACAGCGACAACUUGGCCUAUAUCCUCGACGAACAGCAUCGGUGCCGUUUCAAGAUGAUAUUCGUGAUGCGGGACACGCCAGGGUUUGUGUCCGUGGUGUCGUUUCGGAAGCUGCCCGAGAUGUCGCUCCUGGAGCUUCAGGAGGAAGACACAAAGAAGGCGCUGUGCGCGAUCGCUUACACCUCGGGCACCACGGGCGAUGCCAAGGGAGUCAUGGUGUCGCAGUACAGUUUCGUAGCCGCUAUCCAGAGUGUCAGGGCAAUGAAAUGCGCCGGAGAAAAUGAAGUGCUCAUAGUAUUGUGGAGCCUGUACUCCGUGAGCGCGAUUCGCCUCUUUAUGGACGGGCUGUGCAACGGAGGUACGUCGGUAAUCGUGAAGCCGAAGCAUGGAAGUGCAAAGAUUAUUGAAGCGAUCAAGAAACACAAUGUGACGAUGUUAUGCGGAUCGGCUACGCCCUUGCAGCGACUAGUGCGCGAAGCAUUCAGCGCGGGUGAGGCGCUGAAGAGUGUCAAAUGCGUCGGCAGCAUCGGUGGCACUCUGCCCGAGUCAGCCGUGGAGCAAAUGCGGAGCGUGUUCGACCUGCGCAAGCUCGGCCACACGUACGGGCUCACCGAGGCCGCCGGCAUAGUGCUGGCGCCACCAUUUCGUGACGUCACCGUCGCCUACCUCGGCUACGCGUGUCCUGGAGUGCUCAUCAAGGUGGUUGAUGUCGUAACAAGAGAGCCCCUUCCUGCUGAAAAAAGUGGCGAAAUUUGCGUGAAGAUUCCUAGCGUCAUGAUGGGAUACUUAAACAAACCGGAAGUUACAAAGCAGGUCUUCGACUCUGAAGGCUGGCUCUUGUCCGGAGAUUGCGGCUACUACGACGAGCGCGGCCGCCUGCACUACAUCGACCGGCUCAAGGACACAAUUAAGUGCCGCGGCUUUCACGUUCCGACUCCGGAGCUGGAGCAACUCAUCGGCUCGAUGGCCGAAGUGAGCGAGGUGGCCGUAGUCGGCGUGCCCUCUGCCGAGUACCAGGAUGCACCGAUCGCGUUCAUUGUGCCCAAGCCCCCCGCCGUCGGGAACGCUGCCCUCGCCCUCAAGAUCAAGCAGCAUGUGGCAGCAAAAACGCCAAGCCACAUGCACUUGUAUGGAGGCGUGGUCUUCACGGACAGCCUGCCACGGAACGAAAUAGGGAAAGUGCUGAAGAGGGAGCUUAGAAAGAUCGCGGCUGACAAAGAUACGGUCAAGCUCUGAAGCAAAUUGAGUAUUAAUAUGGCACGGGCUAGGGUUUAAUCUUUCGCGUGCCCGAAAUGAACCAGAUGCUGCCGUUAACUUAAUAAACGUGUUGCCUAUUAAUAUGACACGGAGAGAGUUUCGUUCUUCCGCGUGUUCAGAAAGAACCUGACGCCGCGUUAAGUUAAUAAACUAGGACGUAUUACGCAA